CCAGAUAUUCUCUUCCUCCUCUGAAACGCUCGUUAGAUUCUCCCUCUCAGUCUCUGGUUCCUUUUGAAGAUUCUCUGGCUUCUGUUUGGUCGGUGGGAGAGGAUAUCUGGUUCCUGUGUUCUUCUGUUUUUGAUAGAAAACAAAAGAAAUCACUUCCUGACCAUAUCAUUUGCAGGAUUCAUUGGGCUUUCUGAACCCGAUUGUUUGGUAUAUGUAUAUACUAUGGAACUAGAUGAUAACUAUAUGGAAACAGAUAACAGGAGGGAAAUAGAGAGUCCUGCAGAAGUGUUUAAUAAUCCAGAGUCAUCUGAGCAAAUCAUCUCUCCUGCAGAAACAACCAGUCCACUGGAGUCAUCUGAACUGAAGGUCCACUCUUCUGCUGAAGUGAUCAGUGUUCCUGCUGAAGUGUUGAAUAAUCCAGAGCCAUCAGAACAAAUCCCCUCACCUGCAGAAACCUCCAACACCCCAGAGUCAUCUGAACUAAAGUUCCCUUCUUCUGCUGAAGUGAUUGGUGGACCUGCUGAAGUGUUGAAUAAUCCAGAGUCAUCUGAACAAAUCCCCUCUCCUGUAGAAACAUCCAGCACACCAGAGUCAUCUGAACUGAAGGCCCCCUCUUCUUCUGAAGCGUUCAGUGGACCUGCGUCAGCUGAAAAGAAGAUGGCUUCUCCUGGGGAAGGAUCUAAGAAACCUGAUUUAUCUGAAAAGAAAACUGCCUCUUCUGCGGGAGCAUCCAGUUCUGGAAAGAGGAUCCCAAGAUCAUUGAAGGGAAAAGCUAAAAUCGUGAAGAAAACUCCUAUUCAAAACAGUUUGAAAACUAGCAAAGGUACAGAUACUUCACAGGUUAAUGGGAGGAAAAGGAAAAGGAAUAGGGGUAACAACGAGAGUAGAAAAACAAGAGAACAAGAUGGCAAAAAGCUGAGUUCAACAAAAGAGAACCAACAGAAUAUCUCGAACGAAGAGGCUACAGAGAAGAGCCAUCCGGUUCAAAAGAAUCCAGGAAAAUUUGACGAAUCCGAAAAGAGCCAACAAAAACAGAGGAGUACAGAAAAACGACGCGAGUCAGACAAGAGUGCCAAGAGUGAAAAGAACAGUGAAAAACGUGAUGAUAAGAGAGAAAAGCUUGGCGGUUUGAUUUUCAUGUGCAGUGGAAAGACAAAGCCGGACUGUUUCCAAUACCGUAUCAUGGGUGUUACAAUGGGUAAAAAAGAAGUUGUUUUAGGUAUCAAACCUGGGUUGAAGCUUUUUCUCUAUGAUUUCGAUCGUAAGGUUUUGUACGGGGUUUACAAAGCAUCCUCUUCUGGAGGCUUAAAACUUGAGCCAAAAGCUUUUGGUGGGGCCUUCCCUGCUCAGGUGCGGUUCAACGUGGAGAAAGAUUGUCUCCCUCUGCCUGAAAGUGUUUUCAAGAAGGCAAUAAAGGAAAACUAUGAUAAGAAAAACAAGUUCAAAACUGAACUUACAGUCCGACAAGUCAGGAGGCUCACAGCACUUUUCCGACCAGCUCAAGUGCAUUCAUCGGUUCUAGCCCCCCGUUCCCCGCCGGAAGCAAAAGCUCGGGAUCGGGGAGUUCAUGAAAGGGUGAGAGAAUCACGGCCGCUUUCAAAAAGGGAUGCACAUACUAGAGAUCCUUAUGCCCAUACUGAUGCUAGGAGUUAUCCGGUGUUUGCCCAUGAAGGGGACCAGCAUGUUGCAUACCGAGAAGUCGUACCUGCAAGGAGAGAGGAAACUUCUCAUGAUUUGUACCUAACUGAAAAGGAAUAUCGAGCUUAUGGUCUUCGGGGAGACAGGAGGAAUGUGACUUCUCAUUCAAUUACUUAUGCUGGGGAAUCUUGCCGUAGGGAGCAUGAAGGAGAGCAUCUUCUACGACAGACAAACUUCAUUUACAGAGAUGAUGUCCCUGCACAUCGAGAGAAUGUUCAUUCUGAUCGUCCUUACUUGAAUGACACUCGUACUCUUGGCACCAGACAUGAGUUGCCACCUGCAACAUCUGCUGCUGCCGUGGAUGCAUAUGCAAGGCAUCCAUAUUAUCGCUCCUAUUAUGAUUCUUCAUUGUCGGACCCAUACCUGGCACCCAAUAGGAGAGAGGAUGUUAUGUCAGGACCUUAUUCUGUUGGUGGAAGGAGAGAGAACUACCUAAUUGAGGCUGAUCCUGUGCAAAGGAGAGAAACCAGCAACAGACGAAGAGACAGUUACCGGAUUGAGACUGAUCCUGUGUAUAGGAGAGAACCCGUUCAUCGUGUAGAGAGAUUAUCAUUGUACUCGAGACAAGAUGCUGCUGCUGUUGAUGCUCCAUUAGGUUAUAACCGUACAGAAGCCUACCAGGCGACCAAUCCGGAUACUGUGCAUGCACCAGUUUCAUCUCGUUAUGCUUUUGCAGGUCCGUCAUACACCUACCGCUAAAUGAAGUUCUUGCAUCCCUUCCGUCUAUGCAGGCCGGUUCUUUUCUUCGAACUUUUUUCUUAACCAAAAAAACAAGAAGAAAAAUAAAACUUUGUAUCAAAUAUUUAAAGUUUCGAAUUGAAAUUAGGGACAAGGUCUUGAACUCGUUAACUGUUUCUGUUAAAUGGUACUGCUGAAGGUUGACAGCAUUGUCUUUGACAGAAGACAGUAUGUUAGCUUUUGCCUUGGCAAGUUUAGGUUAUGUAGUGUAGCUUUCUCUGUUUGAUAAAAGGGAAUGAUUUCCGUGCA